AUGUCACUACCAACCGGCCACAAAAUCCUGCCGCUGACGAAGCGUCAGGCUGAGAUCGAAAGAGCGGAUUUUCUCGCCGACGGGCUGGAAGACAAAGGCGCUUUCGCGAAUUUAACGAAGCAGCAGGGCAAGGACCCCGACAAAGGAGUCUUCCUAGACAUCGCUCGCGCUGCAAAAAAACCUAGAGUUAUUAAAACUCAUCUGUCCUUCGACUUCCUUAAUGAGACGGCACUUUCCAAGGCAAAGAUCGUUUACACCAUCCGAGAUCCUCGCGACGUGUGCAUCUCCUACCACCACCACUCGCGCCUCUUCAAGUACGAGGGCUUCACGGGAACCUUCGACGAGUACGUCGAUGCCUUCGUUGAAGACUCCGUUACGUACGGUCCGUAUUGGCCCCACGUGAAAGCCGCGUGGGAUCGCCGCCACCUGCCCAACCUUUACAUUCUUUUCUACGAGAAGAUGAAGAAGAACCCCAAGGAGGAGUUCACGAAACUCAACCAAUUCCUGGGCGCCAACCUCACCGAACAACAAAUCGACAAAAUCGUUCAUUACACCAGCUUUUCGGAGAUGAAGAAGCGCGAUGAUCACGUCAUCAACAAGGGCGACGAGGAGGUCUUCCUUGAUACGGUGCUGGCCAAGAACGAAGGGGGCUUCUUCAAAACAGGGACAUCCGGUGGAUGGAAGAAGGUCUUGACCCAGGAACAGAAGGACAAAUUUGAGGCUUGGAUCGAGAAGAACUGCCCCGACAAAGAGAUCAUGGAGACCAUCCUCAACCCUUGA